CUCACUGUACAAGACCUCUCCCCUUCAGUCUACUGCAGGGUGGGAGAUGCAACAAUGGCCUUGAGAACAGCAGGAAGUGUGUUGGUGGUCUUUCUCUGGUCUGUAGCAGUGGUACUGAGUCAGAAUGUCUGGAGUGUUACAUACACCACUCAGAGUAUCUGUACCUUGAAGGGGUCAACAGUGGAGAUGUCCUGCUCUUACACAUAUCCCAGUGGUACAGUCACAUCAACCUUGUGGUUCACUAACAUUUAUGAUGUGGAGAAUUAUGUGAGUCUGUUAGAUGACCCAGACUACAAAGGUCGUGUGACGUACCGUAGUGAUAAGACGAAUGGCCACACCCUGACAAUCACACACCUGAGAGAGAGUGACUCAGCUACGUACAUGUUCAGAUUUAUAACAGAUCAGACCGGAGGGAAAUAUGUUGGUAGCCCUGGAGUCACUUUGUCUGUUACAGACCUGCAGGUGAAGGUGACCACUACAUGGUGGUCAACGACACUGACCUGUAGCACCACCUGUACUCUGACUGGUAACCCCACCUACACCUGGUACAGGAACAGUAAGAUUGUACAAGAGAACUCCUCCCCCUCAUACACAGUCGACUUAAAAACUGAAGACAGCUUCUACUGUGCUGUAAAAGGCAUCAAUUCUCCUGCAGUGUGUGAACAGGGACAGACAUGCAACACUGUGAAAUACACCACUCAGAGUAUCUGUGCCUUGAAGGGGUCAACAGUGAAGCUGUCCUGCUCUUACACAUAUCCCAGAGAUCAUAAAGUCACAUCAACCUUCUGGUUCACUAAAAAAUAUGCUACUGGGAAUUAUGUGAGUCUGAGUGAUGACCCAGACUACAAAGGUCGUGUGGAGUACAGCGGGGAUAAGAAGAAGGACUCCACCCUGAGAAUCACACACCUGAGAGAGAGUGACUCAGCUGAGUACAAGUUUAGAUUCAUAACAGACCGAAACGUAGGGAGAUAUACUGGCAGCCCUGGAGUCACUCUGUCUGUUACAGCUCUGCAGGUGAAGGUGACUUAUACAACUUGGGCGUCACUGACCUGUAGCACCACCUGUACUCUGACUGGUAACCCCACCUACAUCUGGUAUAAGAACGGACACAAAGUACAGGAGGACACUUCCAGCUCGUAUACAUACUACUUUAAUGAUGCAGACAGUUACUCCUGUGCUGUAAAAGACAAUCUCAGCUCUCCUGCAGUGUAUAAACCAAAGAGCACCUCAGUGUCAGUCAGUCCCUCUGGUGAAAUAGUGGAGGGCAGUUCAGUGACUCUGACCUGCAGCAGUGAUGCCAACCCACCUGUGGACAAAUACACCUGGUACAAGAAGAAUGGAGGAGGUGGCUAUCAGAGUAUCUCCAAUCAGAACACAGAACCAUAUGUCUUCAAUCAAAUCCAGUCAUCUGACAGUGGAGAGUACUACUGUGAGGCCCAGAAUGAGAUGGGGACAGACACGUCUAGGACCAUAAACAUGAAUGUGAAGUACGGCCCAAAGAGCACCUCAGUGUCAGUCAGUCCCUCUGGUGAAAUAGUGGAGGGCAGUUCAGUGACUCUGACCUGCAGCAGUGAUGCCAACCCACCUGUGCACAAAUACACCUGGUACAAGAAGAAUGGAGCUUCAAUGACAGGAUCUGAAAAGACAUACAAUUUCACAACCAUCAGCUCUGAGGACAGUGGAGAAUAUUACUGUGAGGCUGAGAAUAAACAUGGACGUCUCAACUCUUCUUCUGUGUCUGUGGAAGUGCAGUAUGGUCCAAAGAACACCUCAGUAUCAGUCAGUUCCUCUGGUGAAAUAGUGGAGGGCAGUUCAGUGACUCUGACCUGCAGCAGUGAUGCCAACCCACCUGUGGACAAAUACACCUGGUACUUUCAAAAUAAGACUUUUCUAAAUGGAUUUGGACAGAUGUACAACAUAAGUAAGUUCAAGUCUAAGGACAAUGGACAUUACCACUGUGAGGCCCGGAAUGGAAGAGGAUCUAGGAACUCUACAGCUCUGAUGAUCAUUUUACCAGGGAAACAAUCAUCAGUUGUGACUGCAGCUGUAGGAAUCAUAGUGGUUGUUCUGGUUCUCAUCCUCUGUCUCUUUGGACUCAUGUGGUUCAGGAAGAAGGCCUCCAAAUCCACCUCUGACACAAGAGAGACAUCAGAGAAUGUACAGGGAGACUCUAGUCCAGUGUAUGAAAACGUCUCAAGCGUGGCCUUCACCCCUACUGCAGCACAGACAGCAGCCACCGUCGACCAGGACGACGUCCACUACGCCAGUGUCCACUUCUCUCGCUCCAAAAUCCAGGAAGUGCCUCUGUACUCCACCGUUCAGCUGCAUCAACCACAGAAACAAGAAGAGGAUGUCCAGUACGAUGCUGUGAAAUUCAACCGCCCCAGUAAUGCCAACCGACCCACGGCAGCACAAGCAGCUGAGGAGGACUCUUCUGAGAUCUAUAGUAGAGUCAACAAACCCAGAAGACCUGAACACAACAAACCCAGACAGUAUGGUGAGGCAGAGAGGGCCACGCAGCAGGUGUUGAAGCUGGAUCAGGAGUGUGAGGUGGCCUCCACUGAGCUCUUCAACUGCGAAGUCCUGCAGCUCAUGGUGAGGGAAGACAGGGGUCAGGCUCUAGUCUUUUCUCCAGGGGUGGACCUUUCCUCCCCUCUGGACUCCAGUGGUUGA